AUGGUGUCGAUGAGGUUGAAUUUGAGCAUGGGCGUGACGUGUAUGGUCAACUCCACGGCCUUUGAAAAGCCGAGCCCACCCCAAAACAACUCAAUUCGACAAGACACCAGACAAUGCCUGUAUGCCUAUGAUGAGUCGACACCAACCGAAAGUGGCUAUGGGGGCACCCUCCUCUGGAGUCCAUCCAUGCAAGGACUGCUAUUUUCCGCAACAUUCUACGGAAGCUUGGUUACGAUUGCGAUUUCCGGAUAUUUUGCUGAUCGUUUUGGUCCCAAAGCAAUUCUUUUUGUAGCUGCAUUGGACUACACGCUAAUGACGCUGCUUGGACCUGUUUUGGCUGGAAAUAGCUACUGGGCCUAUUUUGGGUCUAGGUUGAUUAUUGGGGUUGGAGAGGGCUUCGUCUUCCCAUGUAUCAACUGCAUGGUCGCAAAGUGGUUCCCACAAAGCGAAAAAUCCACCGUGGGAGCGAUCUACACAAGCGGGACCCAGAUCGCAGCUGAAGAAAACUUGUCUUCGAAAGCACAGGCGGAUAUUUUUAAAGAAAAUAGCAUCCCAUGGCGAGAGCUAUUCUUUGGGAAAGCCUGCCUCGCCAACUACACUAGUCAAUUUGCGUUCAACUUUGCCGCGUCGUUAAUGCAAGCUUUUUUACCUACAUAUUUUAAAGAAGUGCUCCAUAUUCCGAUCCACAUGAACGGUAUUUUCACGAUGGUCCCAUUCGCCUCUCAAAUCACUUCGAAGCUCAUUCUCGGGAUGGUUUCGGAUUAUAUGAAGCGGAACAAAAUCUUGGACCCGGAUGUGUCAGGGAAGAUCUUUCAGGGUGUUAGUGCUUUUGGCUCCGGAAUGGCGUUGUUUGCACUUGGAUAUAUACCUUCAUGUGAGAGUCCAUUUAUUGCGCUGCCGAUCUUGUUGGCAUACGGCAUCUUCUUCUCGUUUGCCAUCUGUGGCUUCUUCACCUCUCUGAUCUCGAUCGCACCCCCGUAUUCUGGGACGAUGACCUCGAUCUCGAUGACCUACGCUACAGUAGCCAACGUAUCUGGGCCAAUGCUUCUAUCUUUUAUAGAAUUUAUGGGCUGGCCUCAUAAGUGGAUGAUAAUCUUCACUUGCGCUAGCUCGAUGUGCAUGCUUUCCGGGGUUCAUUACAUCUAUGCUGGGGAGGCCAAAGUCCAAGAAUGGGCGCGGAUGAAGCCGCUGUUUUCUUUUAGUUCGCAUCGCCUUCGAAUAGCUUUUUUACUAUCUGCUGCCUUUUGCUUGACAGUAUGCAUGCGAGUGAAUUUGAGCCUUGGGAUUACGUGUAUGGUCAAUGCGACAGCGUUUCUUCCUCUUCACACAAAUACCUCAAAGCUUAAAUUAGAAAAACCCUUACCACCAGCUUGCCAUCCGAUUGACGAUGAGAAAAUUGCCCAGCAGGAUGGAUAUGGGCUCGUCACGAUGUGUUUUGCCGGAUAUUUGGCUGAUCGCUAUGGCCCUAAAAUUACGUUAUUAGGCGCGGUGCUUAAUUGUAUGGUAGCGACACUAAUCGGCCCAAUCAUGGCUGUCAGAACAUAUUCUGGCUUUUGGGUGUCGAGAGCUAUGCUCGGAGUUGGACAGACUUUUGUUUUCCCAAGCUGCAACGCCAUGGCCUCAAAAUGGUUCCCACCAGAGGAACGAGCAACGAUAGGAGCAAUCUACACAUCCGGCGUUCAAGUGGCCGCCGGGGUGACUUCGUUUAUCGUGGCCGCGCUGUGCACGUCGAGUCUGGGAUGGCAGUCGAUAUUUUAUGGAUUUG